UGCCGCACGCAGUCGUUUCCAGGAAGUCGACGUGGAGGUGUGUGUUUUGGUUGUGUUUUGGUCUUCUUUCCUUUACAAUGUCCGAAAACAAGGUGGAAAUGUCGGCCGAGAUUGUCCAGAACGCAAAUGUACAACCGCAACAAAACAACCCGCUGUCCAGGAAGCUGAAUAAGAUCCUGGAGACACGGCUGGACAAUGACAAGGAGAUGCUGGAGGCGUUGAAAGCGCUGUCUGUCUUUUUCACGGAGAACAGUUUACGCACAAGGAGAAACCUCAGGGGGGACAUCGAAAGGCGAAGCCUGUCCAUCAACGAAGAGUUUGCAAGGAUAUUUAAAGAUGUCAAAGAGGAGCUGGAGAGUGUUAAUGAGGACGUCCACGCGAUGAGCACCUGUUGUGAAGAGAUGACCAGCAGGCUCAAGGCAGCUAAAGAGCAGACCCAGGACCUGAUAGUAAAGACAAACAAACUCCAGGGGGAAAACCAUCGUCUGGAGGUGAGGGCGCAGGUGGCCCAGGCCUUCCUGACCAAGUUCCAGCUGAGCGGGCAGGAGAUGGCUGCCCUGCGUGGGGCCAGGGACAGCCCCAUCACAGAGGUCGCAAAGUGUGACGUUGUGACCCGUUCUGUUACCCAGGAGUUCUUCCGAGCUCUGACCCGUGUGAAGCAGAUCCACGAGGACGUCAAGGUUCUAUUGAGGACCAAUCAGCAAACUGCAGGGCUGGAGAUCAUGGAGCAGAUGGCAGUGUUACAGGAGACGUCCUACGAGCAGCUCUACCGCUGGGCACAGAAUGAGUGCAGAGGGCUGACUCAGGAGAGCUGUGACAUCAGUCCUGUACUAAGCCAGGCCAUGGAGGCUCUACAAGACAGACCUGUGCUCUACAAGUACACCCUCGAUGAGUUUGGGACGGCCCGCAGGGCUGCGGUGGUACGGGGGUUCAUCGAUGCCCUCACGCGGGGAGGUCCAGGGGGCACUCCGCGCCCCAUCGAGAUGCACUCCCACGACCCCAUGAGGUAUGUGGGAGACAUGCUUGCCUGGCUGCACCAGGCCACCGCCUCUGAGAAGGAGCAUCUGGACGCCCUCCUGAAGCAGGUUACUGUGCGAGGCGUGGAGGAGAACAUGCAGGAGGUGGUGGGGCACAUCACCGAAGGGGUCUGCCGCCCGCUAAAGGUGAGGAUCGAGCAGGUGAUUGUAGCGGAGCCUGGAGCUGUCCUGCUCUACAAAGUCUCCAACCUCCUUAAGUUCUACCACCACACCAUCAGUGCCAUUAUAGGAACCUCGGUGGCCACUCUGCUCAUCACCAUCGAAGACAUGAACGUCCUCAGUAAGAAGAUGUUCUUCAACAGCUUGAGUCUCCACGCCAGCAGACUCAUGGACAAGGUGGAGCUCCCCCCUCCCGACCUGGGCCCCACCUCCUCCCUCACCCAGACACUGGCCCUGCUGCGGGAGGUGCUGGCCUCCCACGACUCCUCCGUGGUGCCCCUGGACGCACGGCAGGCAGACUUCGCUCAGGUGCUGUCCUGUAUCCUGGACCCCCUGCUCCAGCUGUGCACUGUGUCCGCCAGUAACCUGGGCACGGCAGACAUGGCCACCUACAUGGUGAACUCCCUGUACGUCAUGAAGACCACGCUGGCCCUCUUUGAGUUCACAGACAAGAGGCUGGAGAUGCUGGAGUUCCAGAUCGAGGCUCAUCUGGACACCCUGAUCAACGAGCAGGCGUCCUUUGUGCUGAUCAGAGCCGGACUCAGCUACAUCUAUAGCUGUGUCCAGCAGCACGGCACACAGCAGGGUCCCCUCUCCACGCUCCCCGGCAUGGACACCUCCUCGCUGAAGGCAGCCAUGGUCAAGUUCGACCGCUACCUAUCGUCACCUGACGCCCUGGUGAUGCCGCAGCUCAACUUCCUGCUCAGCGCCGCCAUCAAGGACCAGAUCUUUCGCCAGUCCACUGAGCUGGUGUGUCGGGCCUACGGGGAGGUCCACUUGGCCGUCAGCAGCCCCACCAACACCUACCAGGACCUGGAGAACCUGGUGCCUCGGUCCCCCCAGCAGGUCCAGACCCUGCUCUCCUGAGAACCACCUCCACCUCCUCUUCUCCACCUCCACCUCCACCCAGCAGGUCCAGACGCUGCUCUCCUUAGAACCACCUCCACCAUCUCCUCCUCCUCCUCCUCCUCC